UACAGGCCUGACUGAGCAGAGGUAUAUGACGUUCCUGCAUUAUCGGGUGACGUCGCUUGUUCUGCUGUGGUUUUGGCGUGCACUGUUCAUCGGAGGCUACGCGAGUCCAUUGUGGUGAUUUGAUUUAUGUUAAUCUGCUCACUCAUCAUGAAGAGCUCAAAGGAAGCCGUACAAACCGCAGCCAAGGAGUUCCUGCAAUUCGUCAACCGAGGAGUGUCACCCUAUCACGUGGUGGAGGAGUGUAAGUCUCGUCUGCUGAAGGCAGGCUUCACCGAGCUGAAGGAGGCGGAGCAUUGGGACAUCCAGCCGUCCAACAAAUACUUCGUGACCCGGAACUACUCCUCCGUCAUUGCGUUUGCGGUGGGUGGCCUCUACAAGCCUGGCAACGGCUUCUCCAUGGUGGGAGCCCACACAGACAGCCCCUGCCUGAGGGUGAAGCCUCGCUCUAAGAAGACUCGGAUGGGCUGUCUGCAGGUUGGGGUGGAGUGCUACGGGGGGGGAAUCUGGAACACCUGGUUCGACCGUGACCUCACCAUCGCCGGCCGCGUCAUGGUCAAGAGUGGCGGCAAGCUGACUCAUCACCUUGUGCAUGUGCCCCGCCCCCUGCUGAGGAUCCCACACCUGGCCAUUCACCUGCAGAGGGACAUCAACGACUCCUUCGGUCCCAACAAGGAGAACCACCUAGUGCCUCUCCUGGCCACAGCCAUUCAGGAGGAGCUGGAGACCGGAUGCUGCUCCACUGGCGAUGCCUGCAAUGCCGUUACCACAGCGGAGAAGCACCACCCUGCUCUGAUCCGUAUGCUGUGUGGGGAGUUGGGGGUGGAACCGGACGCUGUUCUGGACUUUGAGCUCUGUCUUGCCGACACACAGCCUGGGGCCAUCGGAGGUGUUUAUGAGGAGUUCAUCUUCUCACCUCGGCUGGACAACCUGCACAGCUGCUACUGUGCUCUGACGGCUCUGAUUGAGACCGGCACACCUGAGUCUCUGGCCAAAGACCCCAACAUCCGUAUGGUGGCCCUUUAUGAUAAUGAGGAGGUGGGGUCAGAGAGCGCUCAGGGGGCGCAGUCCAACCUGACGGAGCUGAUCCUGAGACGGCUGGCCGACACGUCCGGGAAUCUGACGGCCUUCCAGCAGGCCGCCGCCCUCUCCUACAUGAUCAGCGCCGACAUGGCCCACGCCAUGCACCCCAACUACCAAGAGAAACACGAUGAGAACCAUAGACCUGCUUUCCACAAGGGCCCGGUGAUUAAGUUCAACAGUAACCAGCGCUACGCCACCACUGCCGUCACCGCCUCCAUCCUCAGGGAGAUCGCUGGGAAGGUCGGAGUGCCUCUGCAGGAUGUGAUGGUGAGGAAUGACAGUCCUUGCGGAACCACUAUCGGCCCGAUCCUCUCAUCCCGGCUGGGCAUCCCGGUCCUGGACCUUGGAGCACCACAGCUGGCCAUGCACUCCAUCAGGGAGAUGUGCUGCACGACCGGAGUGCUGCAGACCACCACCCUCCUCAAGGCGUUCUUUGAGUUGUACCCAUCCGUGAGGAGCCAGGUGUUUGUGGACUAGAGGCGUCCUGGGAGGAGUCUUGGAGCCGCUGGACAGACAGACGGACGAACCAAUCAGACAGUGGGACAGACCGACAGACACAGACGGACGUCUACAGAGAAUCUAUUCUGUCUCUGGUCUUAAAGAACACAUAUCAGCUCUUUAAAGUGGGCAGACUGCUGUGUGUUUUCUAAAGCACUUUUUAACCCAUGUACUCUUCUCCAGACAGGCAUAUUAAACUGCGUCUUUACAA